CACGCCCCUGACCUAGCCCGCCCACGCGCACAGCACGCUCGCAGGACGCAGCCGCCGUCGGACCAGGCGCCCGCCCGCCCGAGCGCCGCCGCUCGCCGGCGAGGAAUCGCCGGCAAGGAGGAGCGCCGACGGAAGUCUCCGAAUGGCUUCAAGUGCACGAAAUAUCAUGUUUCGGCGUCUCAAGACACUAACUAUAAGCCCUGCACCGGCAUCUGGUGCGACCACUCAGCAUCACCAGCUUCAGCAGCGCGCACCAGUGAGUGGCACAGCCAAAGGAAAGGGUAAGCUCAAAGCUGGCCAGCCUUUGAAGCGUUCCACCAUUGGAGCAAAGAAAGGGACACCUUCCACUGGUGGAGGUGGAGGUGGAGGUGGCCGGGGACGUCGUGAGGCCAUGGAGCGCAUUACCCAGAUUUCAGAGUCUUGUCUCAAUGCAUCUACGCCCCUGCGGCACUUGCCUCCCAAGGAGCGUCUUCGUGAGGCCAAACGUGAGGAGCUUGGACUUGUCUCCAAGGAGAGGCAACGCGAGCUUGAUAUAGCCAAGGUCAAAGCUAAAGCCAAAUCCAAAGGUACUGGUGCAGAUGAUGGGGACCGUGUGCUCAUGGGUCCACCAGGCCUUGACUAUAUCAGUCUUGGGCUGGUUGAUGAGGAUGCAAUCCCCAAGUAUGAGCUCACAGUCGAGGAUGGUCGGCGACUUGCCAAAGAAUACAGUCGUGUGCUAAUGCGGCGGCACCGUGCAAGACAAACAGCAGAGUCAACGCUUCUGACGCUCAAAAAGGAGGCCAUUGCUGCGCUCCCUGAGAAGCUGCAAGCUGCUGCUUCGAUACCUGACAUGACACCUUUCCCUGCAAACCGGUACAUGGCGACACUCACACCACCAAUUGAAGGGUAUAUUGAGAAGGUGCGGGACGCUGCCAAGAAGCACUCUGUGAAAGAGAAACUUCGCUGAGAAAUUCUAGGGAGGAAACUGUCUCCACAUAAGGUGAAUGAAUAUUCAGCCUGAUAUAGAAGAACAGCUUUCACAAACUGUGUCUUUGCACAAGCUACAAUUGUCGAAUUUGGUGAUCUAGUCAUAAAUCCUUUUGCCACUUCUUUUGAUGCAAUGCUACAGGAAUGGUGCUUUUUUUUUGAAAUUAUCGCUAGACUGCCACUUUUUCCAUGCGGAUUUAGGAUGUUUGUUGUUGACAACUGACUUGUGUAAUAAAGGCGUAGCAUUGAGACUCGGUGAGACUGAAGAAUCUCUUGCCCCUGACAAAUGGUUCAUGAAAUUGUUAUGCUCGAAUUGGCAUUUAGACU